CGCACUAGGAGGAUGUGGGUCAACGCGGUCCUCUUAGGGGCGGGUUGGUGUGGGUUGAGCGAGUGUGGGGCUCUCCAGUCUGGUCCUGCAGCUGUCAUGGCGCUGCGCGGUGUCAACGUGGUGGAACUGGCAGGCCUGGCCCCUGGCCCGUUCUGCGGCAUGGUCCUGGCGGAUUUCGGGGCACAGGUGCUGCGUGUGGACCGGCCCGGCUCCGCCGGCGAUGUGAGCCGCCUGGCGCGGGGCAAGCGCUCGCUGGCGCUGGACCUGAAGCGGCCGCGCGGGGCGGCAGUGCUGCGGCGCCUGUGCGCCAGGGCGGAUGUGGUGCUGGAGCCCUUCCGCUGCGGUGUCAUGGAAAAACUCCAGCUUGGCCCAGAGGUUCUGCAAAAGGAGAAUCCAAGGCUUAUCUAUGCAAGAUUAAGUGGAUUUGGGCAGUCAGGAAGAUUCAGUAAGGUAGCAGGCCAUGACAUCAACUAUUUGGCUUUGUCAGGUGUACUGUCAAAACUUGGCAGAAAUGGUGAGAAUCCAUAUGCCCCACUGAAUCUCUUGGCUGACUUUGCUGGUGGUGGCCUCAUGUGUGCACUGGGGAUUAUCCUGGCUCUUUUUGAACGCACAUGCUCUGGCAAAGGUCAGGUCAUUGAUGCAAACAUGCAGCUAGAAAAGAUUAUUAAAGAUUAUAAGGUGGAAGGAACAGCAUAUCUAAGUUCGUUUCUGUGGAAAACUGAAAAAAUGGGACUGUGGGAUCAGCCUCAAGGACAAAACUUGCUAGAUGGUGGGGCCCAUUUCUACACAACAUACAGGACAGCAGAUGGGGUGUACAUGGCUGUUGGAGCAAUAGAACCCCAAUUCUAUGAGCUUCUGAUCAAAGGACUUGACCUAAAGUCUGAUGAACUUCCCCAUCAGAUGAGCACAAGUGAUUGGCCAGAAAUGAAGAAGAAAUUUGCAGAGAUAUUUGCAAAGAAGACAAAAGCUGAAUGGUGUCAGAUCUUUGAUGGCACAGAUGCAUGUGUGACCCCGGUUCUGACUUUUGAAGAGGUUCUCCAUCACGGCCAUAACAAAGAUCGGGGCUCAUUUAUCACAGAUGAAGAUCAGGUCACAAGUCCUCGCCCUGCCCCUCUGCUGUCAAACACCCCAGCAAUCCCUUCUUCCAAAAGGGAUGCUUUGGUGGGAGAACAUACUGAAGAGAUACUUCAUGAAUUUGGGUUCACCCAGGAAGAGAUCCAUCAGCUUAAGAAAGAUAAAAUCAUUGAAAGUUUUAUGCCAAGAUCUAAUCUCUAAGUUCCAACCUUCACAGCUCAACUAAAUUUUAAUAUUACAUUUUCAGCACUAAAUAAUAUGUAAAAUUAUAUGUGUGGAAACAUGAAGGGACAUUAUCCAACUAUUUGAAUCAACUAUUUGAUGUCAACUAUUUGACAUCAUAUUUGAUAAUGUCAAGGGACAUGAUCCAACUAUUUGAUUUAACUAUUUGAAUCCAACUAUUUGAAUCAACUAUUCAGAUCAACUAUUUGAAUAGUUGGACAUUAUCCAACUAUUUGAAUUAUACCAUUGUCCAUUUGCAAACCUACUAUACUUUUCCUGCUCUUACCAGUCUGUAGCUUCCACUCCCUACACAUCCUCCACUGCCUCCAGAAGGCUGACAUUUACUCCUUCUUUCCUUAGGCCAUUGCUCAGAUGUCAACUUAAGGUCAUUCUUUUCCUGACCUUUGGCUAAAGCAGCAGUUCUGAUCACAUGUUCUUCUUUUCUAAUUUAUAAUAAUGAUUGAAUUCUAAAAAGUAAAUAACAUAACUUUUAGCCUGAGAAUGUUUUUAGUUUACAUUUAAUAAAUUUAGCACUUUUUUUAUACCUUCCAAUUUAUUUGAUAGAUUGUAUUUGUUUAUAUUAAAAUACUUAAAUAUUUAUAAUAUAAUUUAAUGAGUAUGCUUUUUACUAAAUAAAUUUCUUUUCCUUUAAAGUU